AGAAAGAGGGGGGGGGGGGGUUUCGAACAGCGCUCCUUCAUCGUGAGGAUCCAGUCUGUCAAAAAAAAAAAAAAAAAAAAAAACAAAGUUGAGGAGACGCUACUCGUCUGUGCGUACGCAAGGCUACGAUGAGAUCCACAGCUAUUUCCUUCACUCUUUUAUUUUGCUCAAACUUGAUCGAGCGAUAAAUACAAGGAGUUUUUGCUACUUUUUGUUUUCCUUUUUUCUGUUUUUGGGACUAAGUUAAUAUUUAGAGAGACAAUUCAGUCUGCCUCCAGCGCUUUAUUCACUUAUCUUCUAUUUUCCAACACUGAAUUCAUGUCGUCGAGUCCUCACCGCCCUGCCCACAAAUAAAGAAAACAUCAAAAUGAGAGCUCAAAUCGAGGUCAUCCCCUGCAAGAUCUGUGGGGACAAGUCCUCAGGAAUCCACUAUGGAGUCAUUACCUGUGAGGGCUGCAAGGGUUUCUUCCGUCGCAGCCAGCAGAACAAUGCCAUGUACUCUUGUUCCCGCCAGAGGAACUGCCUAAUUGACCGAACAAACCGUAAUCGUUGCCAGCACUGCCGCCUGCAGAAGUGUCUGGCUCUGGGCAUGAGCCGAGAUGCUGUGAAAUUUGGCCGCAUGUCAAAGAAGCAGCGAGACAGCCUCUACGCCGAGGUCCAAAAACAUCAGAAGUCUCAAGAGAGUGUGGGCUCCAGCAGCCCUACCGCCCUAUCUCUUCCCAGGGAGGAUGGUGGAUGCGGCAGUGGGGCUGACGACGGAGAGGAGGGCCUGAGCCAGUCCUACAGCAGUGGGGGGUCCACCUCAACCCUCAGUGAUUUAGAUGACAUCACUGAGCUGCCCGACCUGUUCGACCUGCCAUUGACGCCCGAGGAGGCCAGCGAGUACUGCAGCCUGGAGUUGCUGGGAGGAGGAGGAGCCAGUACCGGGAACACAUCUAACUCUUCGUCCUCAUCUUCUGCUUCCUCGUCCAAUCAGAACUCCCCACAGCAGACCAUAAUGGACACAGCAGACAGCUAUGGGACCCAACUCCUGCUCACACACUCGCUUCUGGGACGGAGACGUUCACUUUUGGACCAUCUGCCUGAUGACUGCUCAAUAACAGACCUUGAGCACAUCACUCAGAGUAUUGUAAAGUCUCACUUGGAAACAUGUCAAUACAGCGCAGAGGAUAUGAAAAGAUUCAGCUGGGGACAUUAUACCCCCGAAGAAACCCGAGUUUUCCAAAACAAGUCGGCCGAGUGGAUGUGGCAGCAGUGUGCACACCACAUCACCAAUGCCAUCCAGUACGUGGUGGAGUUUGCCAAGCGUAUUUCGGGUUUUAUGGACCUGUGCCAGAAUGAUCAGAUUAUAUUACUGAAAGCAGGCUGUCUGGAGGUCCUACUCAUACGCAUGUGCCGUGCAUUUAACAGCAAUAACAACAACAUCUUCUUCAAUGGAAAAUUUGCCCCAGCUCAGCUCUUCAAAGCACUCGGGUGUGAUGAUCUGGUGAGCGCUGUGUUUGAGCUGGGAAAGGGGCUCUGUCGUCUGCAGCUCUCAGAUGAGGAGAUGGCCCUGUUUAGCGCUGCUGUUCUUCUAUCCCCUGAUCGACACUGGCUGACAGAAGGUCAGAAGGUUCAGAAACUCCAAGAGAAAGUCUACCUGGCUCUGCAGCACAGUCUACAGAAGAGUGGUGCUUCUGAUGAGAAAUUGGACAAGAUGUUGUCAAAGCUGCCCAUAAUGAAGUCCAUCUGUAACCUCCAUGUUGACAAACUGGAGUUUUUCCGUUUGGUCCACCCAGAGACUGCCUACAGUUUUCCACCCCUGUACCGGGAAGUCUUUGGCAGCGAGUUGCCUCUGCCAGACUCCACCGACAGCUAGAGAGAGAGAUAAAAAAAGAGAGAUGAGGAGAGUGCAUUAGAAAGUAGAGGAGGCAAACGUGAGACAGAGAACGAUAGAAAACCAGCAUUUAAAGAGACAAUCCAGGACUAUAAAUACUCAGUCUCCCAAAGUAGUCCUCCACUAUCCCAGCAGGCAAAGCACCUUACACUACAUAACACACAUACUCCUGCUCUACUGCAAAUUGUAGCAUUGUAAACCAGUGUACGGGCAUCUUAUUAAAAUCACGGCAGCCCACAUGUAACAGCUCCAAGCUCUAAAAGAUAUUUAAGCAUUGAUCCAAUGUGGAUUGAUGAAGUAGUUAUGAAUGUACCUCUUCUAUUAGCACCAGUGCACAAAUAAGAACCAAACAAUGAUGAAUGUACAAUCCUGCCACUCUAAACAAAGUGUCUCACAUAGAACUGGCAUGGCGGUGAUCAAUAUUAUCUCAGAUGUUAGACAGAAGUUCUUUAUUUUAUGCAUUUCAGAGGGACGCACAUGCAUUUUAAUGCAUCCUUUCACUGAUCUGCACUUAGGGACCAAGAUCACAGUUCAGAGUUUCCUCUGAUAUGCAUAGAAACACAUAGAAAUUGACUCACUGUCUAGAGUGAAGUCAGCAAUCAGUUUCAUUCACAGUAAAUAGUGUUAGGUGCUGCCUUUUCAUAGGCUUUUGUAAUGCAAUGAAAAACCUCAUUCCCAUACACCCCCUUCCUUGUAAAUGCCACUUAGAGACACAAAAAGAUGAAAUUAUCUUUAAUUUAUAUACACAUUUAUAAAAAAAUAUUUUAAAUAAGAAUGUAAAUAAAUAUCUAUAUGAAAAUAUGGAAAUAGUAAGUGAGUGUGGGGGGAGAAAAAGGAGUAAAGUGGACAUAGAGGCACAACUGAUGUUUGGACUCAGAUCUUUUUUUAUAUAUAUAUUAUUUUUUCUGGAUGAUUUUUCCUCUCUUGGCAGUAAUCUCAGGUUUCCACUGCAACAAACGCCUCUUGGCCCAACAGCAAAGGGACGGCCAUCGUGCAAGCGAGGGGUUGGACACUUGUUGCUGAUUUACCCUAGCAGGGGGAGGCAGCAAACUCGCACAAAGCAAAGAAAGAAGAAGGAAUCAAAUGCCUUGCAUUUUGAACUGCUGGCUUUCACUCUGCACUGUUGCUGCCCACCCCUGCCGAAAGAGACAAGAGGACAAACGCGUGAACUAAGCAAAAGAGAGACCAAGCCAAAAGAUGACUUAACGGACUACAUAAUGACAGAGGAAACACUGCCGGAUGUUUUUGACAGGCAGUCAGUACAGCAGGAGUACACUGAUGUGUUUUUCUGAAAUUGUCAGUUAGCUCAAGGCUGGGAUUGCGAUGGUCCAUAUGCAUCAUAAAACCUCUCUGUUGGUUGAUGCAACUGUAUUAUUUUGUACAUUUGGAGUUUCUCUCCUUUAGUCCUACACCCAACAUCUUUCCAAAUAUCAAGCACUUAUACUUUCUUCUUUCUCACUUGACACUAGUCCAAGGCCAGACAGAGCUACCAGCUGCCCCCUGAGUUUUGCUUCAAUGCCAGUAAGACUUCAGUCAGUCUUUUUUUUUCCUCAUUAUUUUUAUUCCAUGUCUGCCCCACAAAAUCAGCCAUAACUGUUUACAUUUCAUUCAUGUACAUAACACACUGUUCCGAAGGUGAUGAUAAUGUCUUACUUGGGGUGCUGUGCAGUUCUUGAGCAGAAUGUGAGGACCCACUGCUUGCUGCUCAGGGAGAUAGCUGUAAUCUCUUGUCCCUUUAUUGCAAGUGUCAUCUUUUUUAGCCUUGUUCUCCUCACACCUUUGUACCUAGGACCCAUUACCAUAAUCACUGUGGACGUAUGCUCUAUUUUUGUGAAUGUUAACCACAAAGUGUCAAAGCCUGUCUUUGUUUGUCCUGAUGUUGUAACAUUGAAGGUUAGAAUCAUAGAAUUUAAAAACAAAACAAGCAAAAAAACAGUUGGUGUUCAAAAGCAAUUUUGUCAUUUGGGGUUCAUGUUUCUUUUGACGUCAUUUUCAGUUAUCCGUCAGUCUUUUAUCCACAUUGUCUUCAUGUGUCGCCACCUUUCGUCUUGUAAAGUCAGUGAUAAUUUUUUUUAAAUUAAAGACAUUUAGGAAAAGUGCAAACGAAAAAAAUAGUUUGACUACCUUUUUUGUUUCCCUGUAUGACAAAAUGUACAACAGGGUUAUUACUAGUUGAAUAACAGUCACACAGCUCAAUAUAUAUUGUUGUCCAAUCGGAUACAUAAUAUGUGGUUUUGAGAAUGUAAUAAAUGGUUUCUUUUCCUUUGGA